AUGUUCAGAGGUGAAGGAAGCAAGGCAUCGUUCACAAAGGAGGAGAUAACAAGAGGAGCAAGGAGAAUGCUAAAGACACUAACCAAGGAAGAUGAGGAAGGGAGAAGAACCAAGAGGACUAAUGACCCAAUCAGCAGUGAGAGUGAAUUAGGAGAAUUCGAGAUUGGGUUGAACCAUGGAAGGGGAGAAAGUGAUGACUCCUCAAAUGAAGAAGGGGAAGAGGUUAAUCAAGAGAUAGAAGGAAGUGAGCAUGAGAGCAAUGAGAAUGUACCCAUGGAGGAGGCUGAGUCAGAGGAAGAGGAGCAUGAGCUCCCUAUGUACCAAGAGCACUACAAUGCUCUCUUCUCCAUGGACUUUGUGGAGACCAAGUACCCACAUGAUGACACAAUGAGGGCUCUUGGGAUCUUUGAGGAUGUGGAGUUAGUCCUCAAGAACAUGCGCUUGGGAAAAUUCUUCUCUCAUCGCAUGGAGUCAUACAAGGAGCUCACUUGUGACUUUUUGGCGUCGAUGAGGUUUCACAAGUAUGGUGAGCUCGAUCGAGCUGAGUUGGACCUGGGGAUGGAUAACAUUCUUGGCAAGAGGAGAAAGGAAGGUGAUCACCUUCAGGCAGCUGAAGAUCCUCUUUGGUUUUGCUUAUGGAGAAGGAACCCAUUGGGAUAUCAAGGAGAAUGUGCUCCAAAGAGUGUGGGCUACAAUUGCUGA